CAAAAAAAAUUUAGUAGUGGGGACUGAAAUAUCGCCUCUGGGAGAAGGAGCCCAUUUUAUCUCAUAACUUUGGCCGGAGCGGACGGCGCUUGUCAGCCUGAAGGAAGGAUCGCAAUGGACGCCAACUGGUUCGAAGCUGUUUUGAAAAAACAAGAAUAUGAAAACAACACCUUACGCGUGGUCAAUGUCGAGUUGGAAGACGCCGUACCAUUGGGUGCCAACUAUGCUAGCAUCAUUAAACGUGCAAAGCUGACUGUAGUUCUAGGAUCCGGACGGACGGUGACAAAAACGGUCAUCAUCAAGCAAGCCCACAGCGGAAAAGAAUUGGAAGUUAUGUUAGAAUUCGAUGUUUUCCGAAUAGAAACUAAAUUAUAUUGCGACGUGCUGAGUCAGAUGGAAGUCCUACUGGACCAGUUCAACGACAGGAGGGGGAAAAUGUGGUGUGACAUGUUGGGUUACGUGCCAUACAAGACCAUCGUAUUCUCAGAUUUAAAGAACGAAGGGUUUACGAUGGUUGACCGAAAAAUCGGGCAGGACGAAAAUCACGCCUACCUUGUCCUCAGAUGUUUGGGAAGGUUCCAUGCAAUGUCUAAAGUCCUAUUGGACAAACGAAUUAUAAAUGACAACGAUACCAAUAAGAAUUUCCUGGCAUGUGAUACAAAAAUUGUGGAACUCAUGGUGAAAGGAGGAUUAACAAACGUUGCCAAGACAAUGAAAGAAAUUUGGUCUGGAGAAUGGGUCAAAGUUGCAGAGCGAGUGGAGGCUCAAAUUGAGGUCGCGCAAGCGAAGUUGACAACGAUCGUCCAUGAAAAACCGGACUUUAAAGUACUAAACCACGGUGAUUGCUGGAAUUGUAAUUUGAUGUUUAAAUACGACGAGUCUGGUCAGACCCCUACAAGUUUGAGGUUUCUAGACUUCCAAGUCAGCCACAUCCAUUCGUACAUCUGGGACAUAAUCUACUUCCUUUACUCCAGCGUUCAGAACGAUGUCAGGAAGAAGCACAUGACAGAUUUUUACAAAGUCUAUUGGGAAUCGUUGAGGAGUAACUUGGAAUUUUUCGGUUUCGAAGGCACCCCACCUACGUUCGACGAAGUACUGAAGGAAGCCGCAAGGGUGGACUAUUUCGCCUUUUUCGUCGUUGCCGUUUUACGUCCUUUCAUGAUGUCGAAGAGCGACAAUGUUUUGGACUUGCAAAAAUACAAUGACUUUGAAGUUGCAGUCAAUUCUGUCCAGACCAACGCCAUUGAGUCUACCAUAGAGGAUUGCGCGGAUGUCUUCAUAGCAUUCAUGGAUAGAGGGACUAUAUGAUUUUACAAGAUUAUGUGUUAAAAACAAAAACACAAACUUAAUAAUAGCGUUAUUGAAAUAUACCUUCAAUUGUGUAAUAUUUAUUUACCGAUAUUCCACAAUAAAUAUAUAUUUUUACCA